AUGGCAGACACUAGCAGAACGGAGGCUCAAGGCCUUCAUGACCUAUGCCUCUCUGCCUUCACUGCAGAGUAUAAGCAAGACCAUCAGUCUGCUGCCUCCCUUCACAGGUCAUCAGUCGAGCAUCUUGCACAGGCCCUCCAGAAGACCGGUGUAUUUGAGCACGACAAGAAGCGAGCACUAAGACGGAAAAUCAAGAUACACGAAGGUCGCCUUCGAAACCUAAACGUACAACAUGCUGCCCCUUUUGUGUUAGUGGUCCCUCAGAACAGGCAGGAUAUAAUCGAGGAGCAGCUUCAGCGAGGGGCUGCAAAAAUUGGUCUGGAGGAUAUAGCGCUAGGAAAGCUCAACCGUGAUCGCGUUCAAAAUCCGAAGGCGAAAAUCGAACCCUUUUUCCAAUAUCUUGUGAAACCACCUCUUUCGUUUUACACGCCAAUGGUAGACCUCUCUGUUCCCAAUCUACGGUUCGACAUCACCGGGGAUGCUGAGAAUUCGCCUUUCAAAAUCUCCCACUGGUGCUCCACCAAGGUCAAACUCACCGGAAGUGAGGAUAAUCUAUACAUUUGUGAUGGACUCAAGCGGAGAAAGCGACAAAUACCAGGUUUUCGGAGAUAUCCCCAGCCAUACAUCACAACUCGCGUUGGGCCAGCUCGCUGGAAUUUUAGCGGCCGCACUUUGGAGCAUACAACCAGCUACGGAAACGUGAUUAAGGAGAAAUCAGACCGCAAUACCGAAUGGGCACCACGGCGCUUCACAUUCGGAGGGCGUCGUUUUGUCUGGAAACCUGACCCUGCGACAGGCCGUGAUGCCGAAUAUCUCGUCGAGGUUCGCUCCGAACGGCCAAAGGCGGGCAGCAAAACAGGCAAGAUUGAAGACGAGGUGUUUGAGACGAAACUGGCGUGGACGAAUGGCUACAGGUUUUUCAAGGGUACUCAGGUUGAGGUCGUUGGUGGACUUGAUCCGUUCUUCCGGGAGUUUCUGUUUGCCAGCCAAUGCACGCGAUACCUGAUCGCGAAGUUUGGGCACUAA